AUGACGGAGGCUACAUCCAAGCUAAGGGAUUACUUCUCGUCGGCUUGGCGGAUUGAUCCUGCGGAGCGUAAACUUGUCCGGAAAAUCGACUUCUUCAUCUUGACAUUUUGCUGUCUGAGCUACUUCCUCAAUUACCUUGACCGCACCAAUUUGGCCAAUGCCUAUGUUUCGGGCAUGAAAGAGGACCUGGGUUUCCAGGGAGACCAGCUGAACCAAAUCAACACUUGCUUCACCGUCGGAGCUACGUACCUGCCCAGCUACGUCCUAGGCCAGAUCCCUUGCAACCUAAGCCUCCACUAUGUCAAACCGCGCCACUUCUUCCCUGCCAUGAUGGUCAUCUGGGCGGGCCUAACCAUGGUCACGGCGUCCGCCCACUCCCCCCAGGCCAUCAUGGCCAUCCGAUUCUUUCAGGGCAUUGCCGAGGCCAGCACCUUCGUCGGGACGCACUACAUCCUGGGGUCGUGGUACACGGAGCGCGAGCUAGGCAAGCGCAGCGGCAUUUUCACUGCAUCCGGGCUCGCCGGCACCAUGAUCGGCGGUUUUAUCCAGAGCGGCAUAUACACCAGCAUGGACAACAGGCACGGUCUGCGCGGCUGGCGCUGGCUGUUCAUCAUCGACGGCAUCGUCACCCUGCCCGUGGCCGCUUACGGCUUCUUCCUCUUCCCGGACACCCCCGCCACCACCACCGCCCCCUACCUCAACCCCGCCGAGCGCGAACUCGCCAUCUCCCGCCUCCUACCCACCGACGGGGAGGACCUCCUCGACCCCGAACCCGAGCCCCAACACGACACCACCACCGCUCCCACCGCAACCCACCACGCACACGAAGAACCCCAACCCCUACCCACCUCCCCUCUCACCUGGACCUUCGCCAAACGCGUCCUGACCUCCCACGAGUGGUGGGGCUUCGUGAUGCUGUGGGUCAUCGCCGGCGAGACCGAGUCCUUCUCCUCCAACGCGCUGCUGGCCCUCUUCAUGAAGAGCUCGCCUAGAUCCACCUCCGCCGACGCGCCCUACUACACCGUGCGCCAACUCAACGACUACCCGACGGGGGUGCCCGCCGUGGGGAUCGUGUCGACGCUGUUUUGGGCGGCGCUGACGGAUUUCCUGGGCGGGAAGCGCUAUCUGGUGGGGUAUUUUAUCGGCGUGACCGGGGUGGCGACCUGUGCCAUGAUUCUGGCCGCGCAAAAGGCCAUGGAUCCGGCGGGGGAGCGGGCGACGACCGUGGUGUUUGCGGCGUAUUAUUGGGCGGGCGCCGUGUAUGCGUGCCAGGCGACUUUCUUUGCGUGGGCAAAUGAUGCGAUGAGGCAUCGGGAGCCCGUGUUUAGGUCGGUCGUGUUGGCGGGGAUGAAUCUGGGGAAUAAUGCUGUCAAUGCGUGGUGGAGUAUAGUGUUUUAUGGCGCGAGCAUGGCGCCCUGGUUUGAGAGGGGGAUGUACGCCAUGAUCGCUACGUCGGUGGCCCUCGCCAUCUGGACCGCUGGCUUGUCGUACGUGACUUCAAGGGCUGAAAAACAGCGGCGUCUAGUGGGUGGCCGGGAAAGACAUCUCCAUGAGGAGGCAGGUUCCGCAGGGGAGGCGGGGAAAAGAGAGAAAUCUGGGUAG